GACGGUGACAGAAUCAACGGCGGCGGCGGCGGCAGCAGCAGCAACGGCCACCAGCAACAGCAGCUCGCCCCGCCGGCGUUCACGUCGACUACACCACCACUACUACCACCACCGCCACCACCGCCACUACCGCUGCCGCUGCUGCCGCCGCCGCCAUCGUCACACCACCGGCACACUACCACCGUUGGCCACCACGUACGCGGUCGUAGACUCGUCGCCGCAGCAGUCGCAUUCGUUUUUCGUGUGCCCACACUCAACCGUUACACCGGUCACCGACACCCUCGGCACCACGUGCUUAACCGCUCGAUACGAUAUCGUCGCUUCAACGCAUAAUAUUUCGUUAUUAUUGUUAUUGCCAUCAAACCCGUUCAUAUUGUGUCUAGAGUGAUGAAAAUGUAUAAGUAACAUUAAUUGCACAUCAAGGAAAUAUAAAUCAACAAGAAUGAGUCCUAACGCUACAGACUCAAGUACCAUACUCAGGGAGGAGAGAAAAAUGCCCAACGGUUGUGCUAACGGAUGGUCGACUGUGUCAGAUUCGGCCGAGAAGCAGUGUUGGAAAGGUCAAGCAUUUCUCAAAAUUAACGAAAUCGUCGGCCUGGUCAAGUAUUAUUGUUUGCGAGCAUACAUUAUAUUUUGGCAUGAGCUGUCUAUGAACCCGAGGGUGAGGAGUAGUCCGUUUAGUCCACCGCCGGUCGACGAAUUAGUAUUGUCAGCUGACGAUGUAUUCUCUACGAGGCGUCGACGUUUAUUUUUCACAAGUAUUCAUUUGCUGGCUCUGGCUGGUCUCUACUUCUGUGUCACGGGUCAGGUGAAGCUGUAUACCGUACUAUUCGCGCUCGCGGUCGGCACCAUGUCGUCGAUCGGCGUGACGGCCGGUUCGCACAGGCUAUGGUCGCACCACGCGUACAAGGCCAAGCUGCCGCUGCGCAUCAUCCUAGCCCUGUUCCAGACGGUGGGUGUGCAGUACAGCAUUUACAACUGGGUGCGCGACCACCGACUGCACCACAAGUACACGGACACGGACGCGGACCCGCACAACUCGAACCGCGGGUUCUUCUACUCGCACAUCGGCUGGGCGCUCAUGAUGCCGCACCCGGCAUUUGAGUCCAAGGUGUCGUCGGUGGAUAUGACCGACAUGGAGUCGGACUGGGUGGUGAUGUGGCAGUACAGGCUGUACGCGCCGCUGGCCGCCGUCCUGUCGUACGUCCUGCCCACCGUCGUGCCGUGGUGGCUGUGGGGCGAGGACCUGCUGGUCGCGCACCUGGUGGCCGCUCAGCUCCGGCAAGUGCUCACGCUGCACUCCACGUUCCUCAUCAACAGCGCCGCUCACAUGUGGGGACUCAAGCCUUACGAUAAGAACAUCAAUCCUACCGAGAACAUGUUCGUGUCGGUGGCCACGUGCGGCGACGGCUGGCACAACUAUCACCACACGUUCCCCUGGGACUACAAGAACGCCGAGCUGCUCGACUACAAGCUGAACCUGUCCACGCUGUUCAUCGACGCGUUUUCGCUGAUCGGAUGGGCGUACGACCUGAAGACCGUGCCCACCGAACUGGUGUCCAAGCGGGCCCUGCGCACCGGCGACGGUACGCGCAAGGUGCCGACCACCGACGCCGCGGCUGCCGACGGCGCACGGACGGCGGCGGCGACGUGUACGAACGUGUACGGCUGGUCGGACAACGAUCUGCCCGACGAGGACCGCCAAAUGGCUCAAAUAUACAAGAAAAGUGAUUAGUGCGAUGCGUCGUCGAGUUUCGCUGCCGAGUGGGCGGUGAGAUG